AUGGGCCGGGCCAUGCCCCCGGCCCGCCCCCGGCCCCGGGCGGGGCUGCCCCGUGCCCGGCCCCGGCCGUCCCGCCGCGGUCUCGCCUCCGCCCGGCUCUGGCUGUACUGGCGGUGGCGCUGCUGGGCGAGCAUCAGUGCCUUGGGCGGGGGCGGCAUCGCCGCCUUUUGCCUCCGCCUGGCCCGAGCCCGGCCCCGGCCCCGGCCCCGGCCCCGGCUCCUCCCGGGGCCCGCGGAGCACACACGCGGCGCGGCCGCUCCCGCCGCCUCCGCUGCGGCUUCCCCGGCCCGAGCUCCGCCGCUCGGCAGCGCGGCCGCCGGCCCCGAGCCUCCCGUGCCGCGUUCCCGGGAGCGAACGCCUGGGCAUGGCCGGCCCGGGGCGGGUGAGGGGCGCUCGGGGGUCGUUGCUGGCCCCGGGCCGAGCGCUGACAGCCGCGUCCCGCCCGCAGGGACGGCGCAGGAGGCCCUGCAGGAGCGGUACCGGCUGGGAUCGCUGCUGGGGCGCGGCGGCUUCGGCAGAGUCUUCGCGGCCACGCGGCUCUCGGACGGCGCCCCGGUGGCCAUCAAAAGGGUGCCACGGAACCGCGUCCGGCACUGGGGCGAGCUGCCCGACGGCACCAGCGCACCCCUGGAGGUCGUGCUGCUGGCCAAGGUGUCCACUGGCUUCCCCGGUGUGGUCCAGCUGCUGGAGUGGCUCGAGCUCCCCAACUGCAUCGUGAUGGUGCUGGAGCGGCCAGAGCAGUGUCAGGAUCUGCAGCAUUUCAUUGGGGCACGGCAGUUCCUGCCCGAGGAGGAGGCGCGGGAGCUGUUCCGCCAGGUGCUGGAGGCCGUGCGGCACUGCACCAGCUGCGGGGUCCUGCACCGGGACAUCAAGCCAGAGAACAUCCUGGUUGACCUGGACACCGGGCAGGCCAAACUGAUUGACUUUGGCUGUGGCACCUACCUGCAGGACACAGUCUACACUCACUUUGCAGGAACACUGUCCUACAGCCCCCCGGAAUGGAACGACUUUGGCUGGUACCAUGGCGAGCCAGCUACCAUCUGGUCCCUGGGCAUCCUGCUGCACCAGAUGGUCUGCGGGGAGCACCCUUUCAGGAGGGGCCAGAACCUCAGCUGGGGCCAGCUCCCGCUGCCACAACGGCUCUCUCAAGAGUGCAAAGACCUGAUCAGGUGGUGUUUAUCCGUGAACUCCUUGGACAGACCCGCACUGGAAGACCUGUUCUGUGAUCCUUGGAUGUGGGAUAUUCCUCUGCCAUAG